GCUUCCCUCAGGAUGAAAAUGGCUCGUACUAAACAAACAGCUCGUAAGUCCACUGGCGGGAAAGCACCUCGCAAACAGUUGGCUACCAAGGCUGCUCGAAAGAGCGCUCCGGCUACAGGCGGCGUAAAGAAACCUCACCGCUACAGACCCGGCACUGUGGCUCUGAGAGAGAUCCGGCGCUACCAGAAGUCCACGGAGCUGCUGAUUCGCAAACUGCCCUUCCAGCGGCUGGUCCGCGAGAUCGCCCAGGACUUCAAGACCGACCUCCGCUUCCAGAGCUCGGCUGUGAUGGCCUUGCAAGAGGCCAGUGAAUCCUAUCUUGUGGGACUAUUCGAGGACACGAAUCUGUGCGCCAUCCAUGCCAAGCGGGUGACUAUCAUGCCCAAAGACAUCCAGCUGGCUCGCCGCAUCCGCGGAGAGAGGGCUUAA